AUGAACCAGGAAACUAAUACACAUAGUCGGAAAUAUCAUGAACGAAACAAUGGACUGAUCUCCCAAUAUCUUUACAUUGACCGACUGCUGGACUCGUCGCUACCCCAUAACCUGAUCGAGGACUACAAUGGAUGCAAUCAUGCUUCGGGAAAUGGAAUGCUUCCUUUAGAAGAUGAUCAGGAACCAGAACCCAAUCCGAAGAUCGGAAGGACCAAACGCACCCCGCACAAUCUUUAUCGGAUUCCCGAUGAGACAACACCCUUGGUCCAAUCCCCCGGGCAAGAAGACGGCCCAUCAGAGCCAUUCCUUGAUCUGGAGUCGCACGGCGGGAUGUCCCCAGAUGACGAGGAGCGCGUCAUCAACCUGGCCAUUCGCAUCAAUUUCGUCGCCAACGUUGCUCUCCUGGGCUCCAAGAUCGCUAUCAUGGCAAUGACUAGCUCCAUGUCUAUGCUAGCAGGCCUAGUUGAUGGAGUUUUGGACUUUCUCAGCACAGUGAUUGUCUGGGUAACCACCAUCAUGAUCCGCCGACAAGAUCGCAACCGGUAUCCCAUCAGCCGCCGGCGGUUAGAGCCCAUCAGUGUGUUGAUCUUCUCAGUCAUCAUGGUGACUUCCUUUUUCCAAGUCGCACUGUCGUCUAUGAAACAAUUGAUUGGAGAUGAUCGCACGGUUGUUGAGUUAUCCACCACAUCGAUCGUCUUGAUGGGUGGUACUGUUUUAGUUAAGCUGCUCUGCUGGAUCUGGUGCCGGUUGAUUCCUAGCCCAAGCGUCCAGGUCUUGGCCCAGGAUGCCAUGACUGACGUUGUUUUCAACAUAUUCAGCAUCAUCUUCCCAUUAAUUGGCACUUUUGCAAAUCUCUGGUACUUGGAUCCCUUGGGUGGUCUGUUCCUCUCCUUCUACAUCAUGUGGAACUGGGGUCAGACGGCUGCGGAAUACAUCCGGCGGUUGACAGGUGCAGCUGCCUCUCCCGACGAUCAUAGCAUUUUGCUAUAUAUGACCAUGCGCUUCUCCCGAGUCAUUCACAAGAUUCAGGACUUGAAAGCCUACUAUGCAAGUGACAAGCUGAACGUUGAGGUUGACCUCGUCGUGGAUGAAAAGAUCAGUUUGCGGGAUAGUCAUGACGUUGGCGAGAGUUUGCAGUAUAUCAUCGAGAGUGUGCCUACUGUUGACCGUGCCUUUGUGCAUUUGGACUAUGACGAGUGGAACCUGCCCAGCCAUAUGAACCAGAUGGACCGGUAA